CAUAUGAACGCGAUUUCACUCAAUAUUAAAUCCAAUCGUCGACACAAUUGACGACACAAUCGACACAAUCGUCAACACAAUGUCCGGAGAAAUACAUUUCGACACUUAUCUCAAAACACAAUCGCAACACUCGGACGAGAGUCACGACGAGAGGCAGUGUAUUGUGUUGUCCAACGCUUUCGAUCAACUCAGACAUCGGGAGGCCAUCCAAGGCAUGGAUUCGCCCGACAAUCACUCCCCGCACUCCUGGCGGAUGAAAGACAGGAUGAAGACCGUGAGUGUGGCUCUGGUGUUGUGUCUGAACGUUGGAGUGGAUCCGCCGGACAUAAUAAAGCCAAACCCGUGUUCAGUACUGCAGUGUUGGGUCGAC